GCCGACGGUCAGCAUCGUCUAGCCGGUCCAUCACCUCUCAACGCUGCUCAAUAUCGUUCACCACCUUCUCCGGCCGUUCUAUCUACAAUCAUGAUCGCAAGUGACCGACCACGGCCAACCACGACCGUCCACAGCCGAGCGGAGACUCAUCAAGCAACCUAGCAGCAUUAACAGCAACAUCCCUCGAUAGCCAACCCCAACCAACAUUCCCCAUGCGCCGUGUGGAAUGUUCAAAAGACCAUGUCUUACCUCACAAAUACCGCGACUCUGGACCUUAUCACCGAGGAAGGUAGUGAGCAGGCAGAAUCUGAUGGCCUCGGGGAGUCAACAACCGGUCACCGGGCAUUGGUUAUACCAAAUCGAUCUCUUCAUGCCACCUCCUCGACGUCGGUGCAGUCUGAGCCAGUCAUCACCGUACACGGUGGCGAGAAAACGGAACCCGAAGGGUUCAAGGUGUCGGCCAUCGUCGAGAGGUCUUCUAGCACUGAAACUCAGCAGCCGUGGCACUCCUCGUGGAUUCGCCUUGGCCCGCUCUCCGGCCUUUUCAGCCUGCUACUGGCCGCUGCGUCGUUGAUUGCCUCCCUAGGAAUCUUGGUGGGGUCUGACGGGGAAAAUGUGAGCAGCUGGAAAGCACCUCCAUCAACGUACCUGGCAAUUUUCACCGCGAUUGCCAAUAUAUCCAUACGUUACGCUGUGACGCAAGGGGUCAUUAUCACGUGGUGGCGGAGAGCUAGCAAGGGCAGUACCAUAGCCAGACUCCAAUCCGACUGGCGUGCCGGGACAAUGCUUCGAGGCGCACUUACUGCUGGCCGCCAAACAGGCCUUCUAGGGCUCGCGUGCAUCUUCGCUACUAUCGUCAUGAUCGAUGGGCCCCUAUUACAGCGCGCAUCAACCGUCGCCACCAUACCUAACCCUGCUACUGCCCUUCUCAAUAUCUCGAUGGCGCCUGAACUUCCUCGAGGGUAUUCCGGGGCUUGGAUUUCCUCCGAAGAAUUAUCUGGGUUCCGCUCUCGACAGGUGCAAAGUUUCAACGCAACGAUUCCGACUGCCACUGGGAACGCGUCUAACUACAUCGUCUUCGACGCCUGGUCCAACAAAACCGAUAUAUUCUCGCAAUGGAUCAACACUGCAUCACUGUCUGGACUAGUACGCGGCUGUCCCGGAGAGUGCAGAGCUAAGAUUCGGGCUCCUGCACUUUUCCCCGUGGCUUGCAAGACCCGCCGCACGUUCUCAGAUGUGCGAGUCAACUUCAAUACAUCCCUAGUGCCCGAUACUGCUGCUCCUCCUUUAGAGGUCGUGGGUGCGUUGAUGCAGACUAGUGUGGUACUAUCGCAGCACGAGGCUAUCGAUCUCAUGACUGGAUUUGCGACGUUCAAUGAGGACUGCACGGGGACCUUCCAAUUACAAGCUUGCACGUUCCACUCUGGCAUCGGCGAAUAUGAUGUUCUCAUCCAGGAUGGCGAUAUCGUCAUGACGGACUUAGGCAGCCCUGAGCUCGUGGCCUACGCAAACAACACCGCGACUGAUUUCACAUGGUCAAAGGAGAGACUCGCGUACCCUUCUACGCUAGCAGGCGUGUCUGAGUGGAUGCAGGCAGGUUUAGCAGCUAUUAUGUUUUACCACGUGUCGGACCGCGACGAAGGCAGCCUUUUCACGGUCGGGAACCAGGAAGCACUCCAGUACCGUAUAAAAGGUGUGGGAGAUACCAAAGUCGGAUGCAGCUUGUUUCGGGAUCCCUUCGACCCUAUGGUCCGCGCUCUUAACACGCUCGCGGUAUACUUCGGCGCUGCAGCGGCUCUAGAAACCCCGGAGUACCUGGAGGGACGACUUGAUCCAGGUAUUUCGACAGAGAAUGCGGUGAUUGGAUCAGUGCUAGGGAACGUCAGCGUCUAUCAUACCGAUUACUGGUUCUUCCUGGGCGCUGCGGUGCUCGAGGUGAUCUGCAUUAUACUGAUCCUACCUACCUAUUGGGGAUGGUGGCAAUUGGGGAGGACGGUGUCAUUCUCACCAUUCGAAAUCGCUAAGGCAUUCGAAUCACCGCUGCUAGAGGAAUACAACUCCAACUCGGGUGGGGACGACAUAGCUACUGCUGCCGGUCAGCGGGCUAUCCGAUAUGGUGUGUCUACAGAAUCGAGAGGGGAGGAGUCACGGUUGCACUUCAAGGAUGCUGCUACUAUUGCUUCGCCUACGGAAGGUAUGAAGUUUGACAUGUAGCGCACAACACGGAAAACUCGGCGGUCGAGGCUGAGGUGGAGUGGUGUGACUGGGCGUGAAUUCGACCGUUUAUUUCUUGUUUAGUUUUUUAUCAAGCCAUUUGAUGCUUUGCUUUGCAGACUCGCUGCAACAGAAUCAACAGGGAAGUGCGAAAUUGCAGAAAUAUGAGGUGCUCGGCGGCAUCGAAAGCAUGGAGUCCUCUCGACGAUCUUUGUCGACAGUGGCUCAUCUUGCGGGCUGUGCCCACGCGCCAGGGGGAGCGGUAAUUGCCGUGGGAUCGACAGACCGAUCCGACUACACCGUACAAACGGUGUUUUUGCGAUGCUAUUCUUCGACGGAUCAACUCGAGUCAAGACCUCGGCGGAAUGAGAGCGGUACUCAAAUGAAAACGAUAUUUAGCCACCUAUUUGAAUCGCCUGCGCUCAGAACAAAAGCUUCCUAAUUGCUCUUCUCUGCGACAAGAAAG